AGUGGCGGCGGCGGCGGCGGCGGCAGCAGCAGCAGCGGCAGCCCUGAGAAGGGUGAGACGGGCGCGACGGCGGCGGCAGCGCGGAAGUCGCGCGGGACCCAGAGCUUCCCCCGUGUCGCUAGCGCUGAGGCUUUCGCCUUUCCUGCCCAGCUUCUUGCUCACGGCCCGGGCUGGGCUGGGCGACGCGCCCCCGGGGAGGGGCGGAGCUGUAGAUAUGAUGUAAGAUACUUCUUCAAGAUUGGACAGCUGGGGACCUUCUUCUAAUUAACCUUAAACCGACUUACAGCCAUAGAGACACCUCACAAAGUUCCCAUUUUUCGUUGUUGUUGAUUUUUUGCUUUACACCUUUUCUGACCUUGCAACCAUGUAUGGAAGUGCUCGCUCUGUUGGGAAGGUGGAACCGAGCAACCAGAGCCCUGGGCGUUCACCCAGGCUUCCACGUUCCCCUCGCUUGGGUCAUCGUCGAACCAAUAGUACAGGAGGGAGUUCGGGAAGCAGUGUUGGAGGUGGCAGUGGGAAAACCCUUUCUAUGGAAAAUAUACAGUCUUUAAAUGCUGCGUAUGCCACCUCUGGCCCUAUGUAUCUAAGUGACCAUGAAAAUGUGGGUUCAGAAACACCUAAAAGCACCAUGACACUUGGCCGUUCUGGGGGACGUCUGCCUUACGGAGUUCGGAUGACUGCUAUGGGCAGUAGCCCCAAUAUAGCUAGCAGUGGGGUUGCCAGUGACACCAUAGCGUUUGGAGAGCAUCACCUCCCUCCUGUGAGUAUGGCAUCCACUGUGCCUCACUCCCUUCGUCAGGCGAGAGAUAACACAAUCAUGGAUCUGCAGACACAGCUGAAGGAAGUCUUAAGGGAAAAUGAUCUCUUGCGGAAGGAUGUGGAAGUAAAGGAGAGCAAAUUGAGUUCUUCAAUGAAUAGCAUCAAGACCUUCUGGAGCCCAGAGCUGAAGAAAGAACGAGCCCUGAGAAAAGAUGAAGCUUCCAAAAUCACCAUUUGGAAGGAACAGUACAGAGUUGUACAGGAGGAGAACCAGCACAUGCAGAUGACGAUCCAGGCUCUCCAGGAUGAAUUACGGAUCCAGAGGGACCUGAAUCAGCUGUUUCAGCAAGAUAGUAGCAGUAGGACUGGCGAACCUUGUGUAGCAGAGCUGACAGAGGAGAACUUUCAGAGGCUUCAUGCUGAGCAUGAGCGGCAGGCCAAAGAGCUAUUUCUUCUUCGAAAGACAUUGGAGGAAAUGGAGCUGCGUAUAGAGACUCAAAAGCAGACCCUAAACGCUCGGGAUGAAUCCAUUAAGAAGCUUCUGGAAAUGUUGCAGAGCAAAGGACUUUCUGCCAAGGCUACUGAGGAAGACCAUGAGAGAACAAGACGACUGGCAGAGGCAGAGAUGCACGUUCAUCACCUAGAAAGCCUUUUGGAGCAGAAGGAGAAAGAGAACAGUAUGUUGAGAGAGGAGAUGCAUCGCAGGUUUGAGAACGCUCCUGAUUCUGCCAAAACAAAAGCUCUGCAAACUGUUAUUGAGAUGAAGGAUUCAAAAAUUUCCUCUAUGGAGCGUGGGCUCCGAGACCUGGAAGAGGAGAUUCAGAUGCUGAAAUCGAAUGGGGCUUUGAGUACUGAGGAACGGGAGGAAGAAAUGAAGCAAAUGGAAGUGUAUCGGAGCCAUUCUAAAUUUAUGAAAAAUAAGGUAGAACAACUGAAGGAGGAACUAAGUUCGAAAGAGGCUCAAUGGGAGGAGCUGAAAAAGAGAGCGGCUGGUCUUCAGGCUGAGAUUGGCCAGGUGAAGCAGGAGCUGUCCAGAAAGGACACGGAGCUCCUCGCCCUGCAGACAAAGCUGGAGACACUCACAAACCAGUUCUCAGACAGUAAACAGCACAUUGAGGUGCUGAAGGAGUCCUUGACUGCCAAGGAGCAGAGGGCUGCCAUCCUGCAGACGGAGGUGGAUGCUCUCCGGUUGCGUUUGGAAGAGAAGGAAACCAUGUUGAAUAAAAAGACGAAGCAGAUUCAGGAUAUGGCCGAAGAGAAGGGGACGCAAGCUGGGGAGAUCCACGACCUCAAGGACAUGUUGGAUGUGAAGGAGCGGAAGGUUAACGUUCUUCAGAAGAAGAUUGAAAAUCUUCAAGAGCAGCUUAGAGAUAAGGAAAAGCAGAUGAGCAGCUUGAAAGAGCGGGUCAAAUCCUUGCAGGCCGACACCACCAACACUGACACUGCCUUGACAACUUUGGAGGAGGCCCUUGCAGAGAAAGAGCGGACAAUUGAACGCUUAAAGGAGCAGAGGGACAGAGAUGAGCGAGAGAAGCAAGAGGAAAUUGAUAACUACAAAAAAGAUCUUAAAGACUUGAAGGAAAAAGUCAGCCUAUUGCAAGGCGACCUUUCAGAGAAAGAGGCUUCACUUCUGGAUCUGAAAGAGCAUGCUUCUUCUCUGGCGUCCUCAGGCCUGAAAAAGGACUCACGGCUUAAGACACUAGAGAUCGCUUUGGAGCAGAAGAAGGAGGAGUGUCUGAAAAUGGAAUCACAAUUGAAAAAGGCGCAUGAGGCAGCACUGGAAGCCAGAGCCAGUCCAGAGAUGAGUGACCGUAUACAGCACUUGGAGAGAGAGAUCACCAGGUACAAAGAUGAAUCUAGCAAGGCCCAGGCAGAAGUUGAUCGACUCUUAGAAAUCUUGAAGGAGGUGGAAAAUGAGAAGAAUGACAAAGAUAAGAAGAUAGCUGAGUUGGAAAGUCUCACCUCAAGGCAAGUGAAAGACCAGAAUAAGAAGGUAGCAAAUCUGAAGCACAAGGAACAGGUGGAAAAAAAGAAGAGUGCACAAAUGCUGGAGGAGGCUCGGCGACGGGAGGACAACCUCAACGACAGCUCUCAGCAGCUCCAGGACAGUCUCCGUAAGAAGGAUGACAGGAUUGAAGAGCUGGAAGAAGCACUAAGAGAAAGUGUACAGAUAACUGCAGAGCGGGAAAUGGUGCUAGCACAAGAGGAAUCAGCCAGGACCAGUGCUGAAAAACAGGUGGAGGAGUUACUGAUGGCCAUGGAGAAAGUAAAGCAGGAACUAGAGUCCAUGAAAGCAAAGCUGUCCUCCACCCAACAGUCUCUGGCAGAAAAGGAGACUCACUUGACUAAUCUCCGGGCGGAGAGAAGGAAGCACUUAGAGGAAGUUCUGGAGAUGAAGCAAGAAGCUCUUCUGGCUGCCAUUAGUGAAAAGGAUGCCAAUAUAGCCCUCUUGGAGCUUUCGUCCUCUAAGAAAAAGACCCAGGAGGAAGUGGCUGCACUGAAGCGGGAGAAGGAUCGUCUGGUACAGCAGCUUAAGCAGCAGACGCAAAAUCGAAUGAAGCUAAUGGCCGACAACUACGAGGAUGACCACUUCAAAUCCUCCCAUUCCAAUCAGACAAAUCACAAGCCCUCCCCAGACCAGAUCAUCCAGCCCCUCUUAGAACUUGACCAAAAUAGAAGUAAAUUAAAGUUGUACAUUGGACACCUGACAGCCCUCUGCCAUGACCGAGACCCCCUGAUCCUCCGUGGACUCACUCCACCAGCUUCCUAUAACUUGGACGAUGACCAGGCGGCUUGGGAGAAUGAGCUGCAGAAGAUGACCCGGGGACAGCUUCAGGAUGAGUUAGAGAAAGGUGAACGGGACAAUGCAGAACUGCAGGAGUUUGCCAACGCCAUUCUUCAGCAAAUAGCAGACCACUGUCCCGACAUCCUAGAGCAAGUGGUCAACGCCCUGGAAGAGUCCUCUUGACCCUGCUUUGUGGGGAAGCCUGAGGUAGUCAACCCAGGAGCCAAGAAAGGAGAACUACAAGGAACAGGCGCCCGGAACCUUCUUGGCACCCAACACUACAAACUUCCUCCCAUCUUGCUCACCUGAAGAAGCGUGAUUCCAGCACCGUUUCUACAUCUGCCGUCUUUCUCUGCCUUCUUGCUUUGGAUGUGGUCUCUACACUAACCUUCUUGAUGUCCAGGGUAGAUAAAAGGUCGAAUCUCUCUGAAGAACUGCAACCUGGUCGUCAACAGUGACUGUGGAAGCUGGUGGCUCAGCCCUGACAGAGGGCCGUGGAGCAGAGGAGCCUCUCAUCUCCUGUCCUCUGACAUGAGAAUGAAACCAGGAAUGUACUUGGAGUUCAGCGGGCUGAGAGGAUGCCUCCAGUGGACCAGAGAGCUGAGUGUUCUAAUGUCACAAUAGGUGCUUUCUCCUAAAAGGGUAAAAAACAAUCUCAAAAAGAUGAGAAAAAGAAAAGGGGGAAGGGAAGAGAAAAUCGACUCUUCUUUUCACUGUCUCUUCUGCUUACUUUCCACAUGAGAUGCUUUAUACCGGGGAGCUGUGAGCAGGCCUCACGAUGGCUUGGGAGCACUCGUCCCCCAGGGUGUGAGUCUUCACCCAGCCCUGACUGUCUGUCCCAGCCUUCCUUACUCUGGUCCUCGGCCAGUUUACAAGAAGAUGGUGUGAGGUGUUCUCCACCAGUCUCUCCUGUUUGAGACUGUUGACCAUAUCAUACAAUUAGAUCAAAUGUCUCUAACUGAAGGAGAACAUAUGAGGUUGAAAGAGCACCAUCCAGGGCAACAUAGCGAGACCCUGUCUCUACAAAAAAUUAAGAGAACAUACAAAGUUGACAUACGAGGCCCUUUUGUCCCCACUGCAGCUUUGCCCCAGUAGCAGAUGCCCGUGCCUCGGGGUUGGGCUGCUUUCCCCUGAACACCUCCAGGAGGCUGCCUGCCUUCCCAGCACCCGUGUCCCGAGCUCCUGCAGCCCAGUGGCUGCUGAGGUUUUGAUCCCUCACUCACCCUGCUAGCUUUGCCCUAGACUCAUCCUCUCAGAACCUCAGCCUCAUGCAUUGCCUGGAACCUUCUUCUGGCAUAAAUGAAGGUUUCUUGUCCUAUACACAUUCCUUCCUCGAUUAUUUCAUUCAGAGAAUAUUUAUGAAAUGCCUACUGUGUGCAAGUCAUCCAUCCUUGAAAAGGCCACUUCUCAGUAAGGGAGAGGUGCAGUGGAUUCUGUGAGACAUACCAGCUGAAGUCGAAGCAGUAAAUAGCAUGUCCUUCCCCUCCCCGAUCUUAAGGUAUGUUUUCUAGAAAAGUUCCCUAAUGGAAUUCGUGAGUUUGGGGGGCUCAGUCACCCACUUGCCUAUGGUAUUCCAUUUGAUGAUUCUGGAUUUUUGCUGUUUGUUGUUGCCCUUAGAGGGCUCUGAGUAUCUACUUGUGGGUGGCCAUUUGCUGACAUCUGCAUGUACCUUGUGGAAUUCAGCCAGCCUCAUGUUGCAAAUCAGAGAGCUGACCCCAAGACUGCAAAUCCAGUUGGCGGUAUUGGCAUUGUUAAGGACAUUUUCCCAAGCGUAGACAACAGAGUCGUAAAUAAUUGGGCAUGAAGAAGUAAACCACUUAACCCAAAUCUAGUUCUUUGACCAUCUCUACCACCAGAGCCCAGCAGACACUCACAUCUCCUGAUAAGAGUUGCUGGACUCACUGUUUUUGUUUUGCGUUUUCUCCUCUCCUUCCCCACUUACUCCGAGAAUUUAAAGUCUGUAGAGUCAGCACAGCCCCAUCAGUCCAGGAACUUCCCACCACCAGCCCCUGACUGUCCCGUUAACUGAUACGGUCAGAUCUCCAGCUCCCCUUAUUCCCUGCUGUAAAAUAGUCCCUCUCCCCGUGAGAGGAAACUGUGGAGUGUUUCUUAUCGAAGGUCUAAAUGGACUCUGCUCAUAAACCUCUUACUGAGAUGCUUCCUGAUCGCCAGGCUGGCCAGAGAGGCUGCAGGGGUUAGAUAGUAAGUGGUGGUCCUUUGUGGUCAGUUCCUCAGUUCUGUUUAUUGCAGUGCCCAUAAACCAUGUAGCAAGCUCCCAGUACUGAGAGCCAGGAGUAUUAGAAUCUCACUUUAUCCACCAUAAUGUAAAGACCUGGGGUAUGAUCACAGCCUUCACAGGGCCACAGUGGAACCAAGAAAGCAGGCGAGGCCUACACAAGUGGCCUGGCACUGGCACUGGCCAGCUGCUCUCUCACUGGUCUAUCCAGGAAGGCAUCAAGCAGGUGCCCCAGAUCCACCCACGUGGCCUUUCUCAUCAGGUGCAGCACCUGCCACUCUCAGCCACUGGGUGUGUGAUGCUCCUCUUCAUCUCAAUGUUCUCCAUCACUUCCCCUCCGGAACAACUGAUGGAAGGAGGCCCUCUGUGACAGUGCUUCUGAGAAAAAAAAUUUCUGGGACAGAUAUCAUCUGUCUGUCUCUAUGAACAGCAAGGAAUCUUGACCCUUCUUGGGCACUGUUCUGGCAUCUCAGAUGAUGUGGAGACUGGCUAAGAGUUCGGUAAUAAACAUGGCCUGCCUUUGUGCUAUAGGGCAGAGUGGAUGCAGCUUGUAGCAUUCAGAGUAUCUCAUUGAGUCCAAAUCAUUGAACCAACACUUAACCAAAUGUCCCACUCCCAUCACACUAGGACUUGUCAUUCCAUGCCCCUCUCCUAGUAGUCAUGGUUUCAUAUGGCCAUGCAACUGCUACUGAAGUUAUAUAGCCUUGAAAACUCAAUGCAGGUUGCCCUUAAUUUUUCCCAAGCCCCUCCAUCGGCAAAUCUAGUUGCCCUUUAGCACCUAAAGAUCUGCACCUCACAUCAAUGUCACCAUAAAGAGGGCAAGAGGAAGAGCAGGUGUGAUCCCAACGGGGUUUUGUAACUGAAGAAGUACAGUAUGAGUGUCUCAUGUCUUCAUAUACCUCUAACCCCCGGUACUCAUUGAAUCAUUGAUGAGGUAUCUCAGUUGAGAUUUGCAAGGACUUUGAUGCCAUUUGAAAUGGAAAAGAUUUUGAACAGGCUUUAACAUAUUUAAGAAAUAUGGAUGGGGCCGGCCACGGUGGCUCAUACCUGUAAUCCCAGCACUUUGGGAGGCUGAGGCAGGUGGAUCACCCGAGAUCAGGAGUUCGAGACCAGCCUGGCCAGGAUGGCAAAAACCCCGCCUCUACUAAAAAUACAAAAUUAGCCAGGCGUGGUGGCACACGCCUGUAAUCCCAGCUACUCGGGAGGCAGGAGAAUCGCUUGAGCCUGGGAGGCAGAGGCUGCGGUGAGCCGAGAUCGCAUCACUGCACUCCAGUCUGGGUGACAGAGACUCCGUUUAAAAUAUAUAUAUAUAUAUAUAUAUGGAUGGGAAUCGCCAAAUUCAUCUCAGCUCUAACCUUUUAACCUUUGUCCUUGCACUUUAUAAUCUAAAGAAGAUCUACCUGUGGCUCUCGGACUUCCUCAUACUUGGGUUGUAGAAAUAACUUGUAAAGCAGACUGGACCCAAGGCCGCCUUCAGUGUUGAGAGGGGCGUGUGACUUGCCACUUUCUGUCAAUUGAAGUCUGGUUGUCCAUGAGGAACUUGCGGACUCACCCACCCCCAGAGUGAGAAGAGGAAGGCGACGUCAUCACAGACACGGUCUUAGCCACCUGCUGAACUAAUCCCUCCCCUAUGAGGGUCAGGGUUGUGAGGAAACCGUCAUGUAUCACCCAAAAUAUAAAUGUUUCUGAGCUGCCCAUCCACUGGCAUUUGGAUUUGCCGCCAGAGUCCUGUUCCUCCUAGGACCGUACCGCCCUCCUGUUGACCGCGUUACUUGAGUGUCGGCCUGGUGGCUACCCUCAGAGCCUUUGAGGAAAGAGCCAAGCAAGGAAGACCUCGCUGCGUGGAGUGUGACACCACGUGGCAUUUCUCAAGCCCAGCGGACCCCGUGUCAGCAAAUACCAGUAAUUGAACAUCUGUACCCAGCCUCAUCUUCACCUGCCUGGGUUCGGAACUGAGGAGGAAGGAUGAGAAGAGACCGCAGUGCCGCAGACGCCCUCCGCAGAGCAAGGCCGCCCAUCCAUCACUGCCAGCCCUGGGCUUCUCAGGAGGGGACGUGAACCACUCAAAGGAAUGUCUUAAAGAGAAUCUGGAGUUUCCCCCAUGCGAAUUAGGGAAUAAUUAGGCAAGAAAAGACAUACAUUACAGGGAAAUCCUUCUGAACAAAAUGGCUGUCUUUACCUACUCUUUUUAAGCAAAAACUGUCUCCAGACUUUUUAGUGUCAAAACUGUAACCACCUGUCUCCUGAUUUUUCCCAAUGUGUUUGGCAAGUGCUGUGACCCUGUUGUAGGCACUUCUCCUGACUCGGCGGGGGAAGUGGUUUUAGGGAUUGAUUCAGGGGAGCGGGUUUUUGUCCCAUCCCACCUCCCCUCUUCUUUCUCUGCUUGUCGAUAUCGUCUGUGUGAUUCAGAGAAUUGGGGCAGUUACAUUGUGUCUGUUGAGAUUAUUAAAAGAUUAAAACGUAGUUGUAGAAUGAAAAAGAGCUGUGUUUUAAACAUGCAAACCAAUAUCUUGUUAAUAAAGGAAUUCAAGCUACAGGGCAGCCACGCUCCCCCCUCCCAAGCUGGCAUAGGUGGCCCCGGGCUGGCAGCUUAGGAAGCGUGGAGCACACUUAGGGUAGUGCCCGCCUGGGCGAGAGACACCUGCCGAGCAAAAGGAACGAGAAUCUAGGGCUCAGAGCUGCGCAGUUGUGCCAGGAUUUUCCUAUACACGCUCAGGACCUCUGGGUAAAGGUUUCACAGUUUGUGACCCCAUAACCACCCUCACCCCACGUGGGUCCUAGCUCAGUGUGCCUAAUACUGCAUGGUGACCUGGGCUUGACCCUGCAGCCCUGCCCGGCAGGCCACAGGACCUCUCCUGCCCAAUGGUGCUAUCUCAUCCAGUGACCGCCCAGCACGGGUGAGCACUGGCCAGCCUGGAGCUUGCAGUCCAGGUGGAACAGACCGUAUUCCAUGUCAGUUCCUUCUGGCUUCGGGCCCUCAAUUCUUUCCCUUUGAGCUUUUUUAGACCCCAGAUCUCCUAGGCCCAGGCUGUCUCUCUUGGCCCCAGAGAAGCCACUGUCAAGAAAGGAAGUGAAUCCUACUGAAGCCAGAGAAUCCACCCCGGCCAAAGCAAGCCCUCUGGGUCCAGCCCCUCUUUCCACACCAUGCCAGUAUUGCAUCCGUCUACUGCAGCUACACAUCCUGAGGGCAGCACCACCCACUCUGGCCUGCUGGCCCAUGGCAGGACUAGCCCGGGCACUGCAGGAUGUCCAGUGGGGCCUGUGACUUGCUCCCUGUGGCAUCAGAAGGAAGUGUUGCACUUUACUGGAGGAGCACCUGCCGCCUUGUAGCUUGAGUUCCUUUUGGUAACAGUAGCAGCCUCCAUGGUGGUGUCUGUGAUGCAAACGCACCCGCUGCCUUCAACUGUAUGUGUGUGUUCCUGCUGGAGUUGUGUUACUGACAGGAUAAUGACAUUACAAAGAAAUUGUGUUAUAUUCAACUUUGCCUUGAUAAUUAUUGUAAACACUUUGUUCAUUUUUUCUUUUUUAUUCACAAACUAAAUCCACCAGGAAAUUAUAAAGUUAUUUAAAAACUG